UGGCUCGGCUUUUGAUUGGCUGCCUCGGGAAGGGCACGAGGCUGCCAUUGGCCGAACGAGGAGAAGGGCCAACGGCGACCCGCGUACGGCAGCCUCGGAGGACCAAGACCGGCGAGACGGGAGGGCCCGGAUGGGGACGGCCGAGGAGUGCUGCGGUGGCCGGGCUCCCGGCGUGGGCUCGGAGCCCCCCGAGACUGGCCCGUUUUUCACCCUGGCCGAGGUGGCGAAGCGCAGCACCGACAAGGAGGCUUGGCUGGUCAUCCACGACCGCGUCUAUGACGUCACCGGCUUCCUCUACGAGCAUCCAGGUGGAGAUAAAGUUCUGCUUGAACAAGCUGGCAGAGAUGCCACAGAGAACUUUGAAGAUGUUGGCCACUCCAUGGACGCUAAAGAAAUGCUCAAGCAGUACCUCAUAGGAGAGGUCCAUCCGGAUGAUUGCAAACCUGAUGCCUCCAAGGUUCCAAGCACAUUCCAUGAGUCAAGCUUCUGGACGGUCUGGCUGAUUCCCAUCCUGGGGGCAUUGGUUCUUGGCUUAAUGUAUCGCUACUACGUAAUGGAUGGAAGAUCCUCCUGACCUGAUUUUGCAGAACCUUUAGAAGCAGGACAUUACCUGCAUCCAUGUCAUGCCGCUGAAAGCUGUAGGUGUUUCCUAACUUCUGAUUGCUUCCAGACGUCCUUCACUUUUAUCUGUCAGUUUAGUUCCUCUGCCACCUGCAAAGCCAAGCAGGGAUCUAGGGAAGCCAUCAUCCUUGCUGUAAGCUCCAGGAACUGUGGAUUCACAUCAUUCCAUUGUGAUGUGCUUUUUCAGGCCUCGGCUACAAGUCCUUUUUAUUUGAUGGGUACUGAUGUUGCGGCGUAGCAGGCUCUGACUUGUGCCAGCUUGUCUCAUCAAGCAGCUUCAGCAGCUGGUGUGCAGCCAGCUUUCCAACAAGAAAUUACUGCACCAGCGUCUGCCAACGGGGCUUGCUUGGGAUGAUUUUCUCUAGGUUCCUCCUAUACUUGGAUUUUGAAACAGUUAAAGUAACUAUGUAUUUUUAAUCAUAUUUGAGUUUACAUGGUCUGAAUUGACUGUAUGCCUUCUGAACUGGUCUGUUCUGCAAUAAAAGUCUCUCUGGACCAGC